GGUGAGCGCAGCGCAGGGGCCGCGCGCGAGAGUGAGGGACGCCGCAGUGCGCAGCCACGGAUAGGACGGCGACACAGGGAGACCAGAGACAGGCGGGCGACGCCAGGUAUGGAAGCGAGAAACCAGUGACAGGCCGGUGGCGUCAGAGACGGGCGUGGGCGCUGCAGUGACAGGCUGACGACGCUGGCAACAGCGGCAGGCCACUGACAACAGGGACAGGCCGGCGAGGACAGGGACAGGCUGACAACACGAGAAACAGUCCAACGACUUUAGGGAAAGGUCUGAGGUCGUAAGGGACGCGCCAACUACGCCACAGCCAGGUGUGGGAAACGAGGGACAAACGUGGCAAAUCAGUGACAAACGUGGGAAGCCAAGGACAAGCGUGGGAAGCCAGGGACAAGUGUGGAAAGACGGAACAUCCAGGAGACGUGCCGGGCCACACUCCGGGCAGCGGAGACGCCGGAACCUUUGGUCGUCAUCUUUGACGAGGAGCUGGUCACAGACGCUGCGACCGAGCUGCACAAGAGGUCAUUUUAGCAGGUGGGCAGAGCCAGAUGAGACGUCGUUCGGCGGGCGUCACCGGAUGAGCCGGCGCCAGCAGUGACGCCACGAUGGCUUCGGCGAGCGCGGCGCCGCCCGAGUUCCGCGAGGCCGAGCAGUACCGGCGCCCAGAGCGGGCCGCCAGCGAGGGACACCCCAUCAUCCGACCCAAGCCGCGCAGGCCGGGUGAACUGAGCCUGCCGAGCCCGGACGCUGCCUUCAUGCUGCGACCGGCGCCGAGCCAGCAGGGCCUGCCGCCGGCCGGCGCCGCGCGGCCGCCGGCGGCCCCCGCCGCCGUCAGUCCGCCGCCCAAACACGGCCCGCUUACAGAGGCGUUCCGCGGCCCGCAGCCGCAGAUGAGCCGGACGCAGGGUCGCCAGCGCAGUGCACAGCCGCCGGCCGCCGGCGCCGGCUCCGCCUCGGCCUCGCCACAAACGCCGCAGCCGCUCUACCCGGUGGCCAUGUACAAGUCGCCACUGCAGCGCCAGAGUCCGGCGCCGAAGCCGUCGCCGCUGAAGGAGGCGCGCGGCCCGCCGGCGGCGGCGCCCUCGCCGCAGGCACCGCCGCCGCUGCGGCUCAACAGUCCGCCGGUGCGGCUGACGCCGCAGCAGGCGCUGCCAGAGGAGCCGCCACAGACGCCGCCCGAGCGCGACGUGGGCUACGCCAGCGCCUGGGCCGAGAUACCCAGCCGCUCCUACCACGCCAAGGUGGCCAACGUGACGGCCGAGCGGCCGCUGGUGCUCUCGCCGGCGGCUGCGCAGUACUGGGCGCACAGCCAGGGCGUGCGCCAGGUGCGGGGUGAGCUGAGCGUGCCGCUUGGCGAGCCUGCGCCGCCCGGCUCGGCCGGCUCCUCGCUGGAGCGUCACCAGCCGGCCGAGGCGAGCGGCCAGCGCGACCCGACGCCCGGGGAGUCGGACAAAGAGCUGCCGGCGGAGGCCGGCCGGCAGCCGUCGCCGCCGCGCCCCGCCGCCGACUGCGGCACGCUCGACAAGAGCUCGUCCGAGAACGACGCCAUCAUGAGCCGCAAGCGGCCGCCGACUAAGCUCAAGUCGCGGCGACGCAACAUUCUCAGCUUCCCGCAGCACCUCAACGCCGACGACCUGCGCUGUCAGCGGCGUCCGGACCCGUACGGCGGCGGCUCGUCGUCGGACGAGAACCGGUCGUCCGGCCAUGCCAGCAUGUCGGACGGCCAUACGUCGUCCUCGCCGCCGGCCGAGACGCUGCCGCGCCACCAGCACUACCGCAGCCAGCUCAGGUCUGUACCGGAGGCCCGGCGCCGGCGCCGCCGCGGGGCGCGCGGACCCAGCGGACCGCUGCCCCUCAGAUCCGGCCGACACCGGACAAAGGACGACCUGACGCUGCAGCUGGAGUCAGCCUCGGGCCUGGACGACAUCAAGCAGGCGAUCGAGCAGCUGACGAUCCGGUCGCAGGGCUCGCGGACCUCCUACUCGACGUCGACGUACUCGUCGAUGUCGGGCUCGGAGUCCGAGCCGGCGCGCCGCCUCAUCCGUCACUCGUCGCUGGAGACGGUCAACACCAACGUCACGGCCGCCGACGAGUUCGUCUGGGUCGACUCGCACAACAGACUGGUGGAGCUGCAGCAGCUGCCCUGGUCCAGCCACGACGUGCUGCGCGUCAUCCAGAACGGCCGCGUUAAGGAGCAGAUGGAGCGCGUCUCAAUGGAGGCCGUGCCGCGGCUCGCCUACCUCCUCCAGCGCGCCAUCGUGCGCGUGGCGCGCGAGGCGCAGCGGCUGGCGCGCGCGCUCGGCAUGUGCAGCAAGCGCGAGGUGCUCUCGGCGCUGCGCAUCGUGCUCUCGCCGGCGCUGAGCGACACGUGCUCCAAGGCGUGCCUGCGCGCGGCCGCCAUGUACACGGUGUCGGGCGCCGACCAGCUGCGCCAGUCGAAGAGCGGCCGCGCCGGUCUGCAGAUGUCUGUCGGCAGGUUCCACCGCUGGAUGUGUGACGUCCGCCUCGGCAAGUUCGUGCACGAGUACGCGGCGGUGUACCUGGCGGCCGGGAUGGAGAACCUGCUGGAGGAGAUGGUGCUGCUCAGCCUGCCGGGCGACCCGCACGCCAUGCUGACGGCGGCCGCGCUCGAGCACUCGAUCGCCAACAGCGGCGACUUCUGGGGGCUGCUGCAGCCGUACGCCCACCUCAAUGCCGGCCGCACGGCCAGCGGUGCCCUGGCUCUACCUCGGUUCCCAAGCACGACCAGCCUGGACUCGUCGCUCUCGCAGAGUCCGUCGGUGGGCCGCUCGUCCAGCUCGUCCUCGUUCACGCUGACGGCCGCCGACGAGCAGCGGCCCGCCCGGAACACCCAGCAGGCUCUGCUGACCACGUGCGUGGGUACGCUGGGCGAGCUGACCAGCCUGGUGGCGAGCGUGGCGCAGUAUCAGCAGCGGCUGUCGGCCGGCGGUACGCCUGCCCGCGCCACCACCACCUGGGGCUCGUCGGCACUGCACACGCUCUUCUACUUCAUGCGCUGCUCCCAGCUGGAGCACGCCGAGCACGCCGAGCACGAGCGGCGCGCCCCCGUGCAGGAGCUGGUGUACGAGCGGCCGUACAUCGUGCUGCCGCCGCUGGUCGAGUGGGUGCGCGUGAGCACGGCGCACGCCGAGCACCGGCACGCUGCCGUCGUCGACAAGGACGACGUGAACCAGGCGGCGCGACUGCUGCUGCCCGGAGUGGACUGCCCACCGCGGCUGACUGGUUACGAGGAGCUGAGCUGCCCGCGGCGCCAGAUGGACGAGGCCGAGUGCGCGCGCAAGUUCAAGAUCGACUUGGCCUUCCGCAUGCUCAGCUGUGGCCGCACAGACCUGGUGCCACACGCCCUCCAGCUGCUGCCCUCCACCAAGGGUCAGCUGCAGGUGAACACCGUCAACGAGUCGGGCCUGUCCCCACUAAUGCUGGCCUGCAUCCGCGGAGACGAGGCCAUGGUGCGACUCCUGCUGGACUCCGGCAGCGACCUGGACGCCGAGACGCCGCCACUGAGUCCGACGCACCCCACAGCUAACCCGGAGACGCAGCACUGGACGGCGCUAACGUACGCCACCAUCCACGGCCACGCCUCCAUCAUACGGCUGCUGCUGGAGAAGGGCGCCAACGUGGAGGGCGGCGCGCGGCUCAGCGAGGACAAGUGCACCGAGACCCCCCUGCAGGUGGCCGUCGCCUCUGGCAGUGUCGACAUUGUGUCACUACUGCUCAGCUACAGCGCGCUCCCCUUCCUCUCCACGCUGCUGAAUGACUCACUCUGCUACUCCGGAGCCGCGCAGAAGGGCUGUUACUCGGCGAUCGCGGUGGCGUCGGCGCACGGGCAGCGCGCCGUGCUGCACCAGCUGUUGUCGCACCCGCUCAACAGCGGCCGCCAGGAGGUGCUCAGCCUGGAGGAGAUCCUGGCCGAGGGCAGCAGUCAGCACACGGGACAGCGGCGCGGUAACCGGCUCCAGGUGCUGCCAGUCAGCGUGGAUGACCCCAGGACCAGCUCCCUCGGCUCCAACAACUCGGAGACGUCGCAGAUGCUGAAGCUCACCAAAGCGCAGAUCAAGGCUUUGCAAGAGGCUAUGUACCAUAGCGCUGAGAAUGGCCAUCUGGAGAUCACACUGGACCUGCGGAACCUGGGCGUGCCCUGGACACUCCACUGCUGGAUGUACACGCUGGCCACGGCGCACGAGCAGCGGCUGGAGAACAUCAUCGACCAGCUGCUGCAGGACUUCCUGCAGGUCUGGCCCGACGACUACUCGUCCCAGUUCGUCGACGAGUGCCUGCCGCUGCUGUUCAACAUCUUCAGAUACAGCAAGAACGAGGGGACGUCUCUGCUGCUGGCCGACAUCUUCUCAUCUUGCUUCGGGCGGGAGGCCAUCAAGGAGAUCCGAGACUCGACGCUGACGGGGGGCCCACGGAUUGACCCCAACUUCGUCAACAACCCCGACCUCUCGGACGUGCAGUUCCGCGUUGAGGGACGUGUCUUCUACGCCCACAAGAUCAUCCUGAUCAACGCCUCGCCGCGCUUCAAGCAGAUGCUGAACUCCAAGUUCUGCGACGGCAAUCCUCCGAUCGUGCAGAUCAACGACAUCCGCUAUGACAUCUUUGAGCUGGUGAUGCACUUCCUGUACAAGGGCGGGUGCCAGCAGCUGGCAGUGGGACAGACGGACGUGCUGGAGCUCAUGGCGGCAGCGAACUUCUUCCAGCUGGACCGGCUGCUGCGCUUCUGCGAGGCCCGCUGCGCUAAGCUGGUCGACCUGGACAACAUCGUCUCCAUGUACAUUCACGCCAAGGUGUACAACGCGGCGCAGCUGCUGGAGUACUGCCAGAGCUUCCUGCUGCAGAACAUGGUAGCACUGCUGACGUACGACGACUCGGUGCGCCGGCUCAUCUUCGGCAAGAAGCUGCACAACCACGACGUGCUGGCGGGCCUCCAGCUGACGCUGCAGUCGCGCGUCAAGGCCAAGAGCAAGCCGGCCAGCUAACCUGCUGCCGGCGCCACUUAUUUAUUGUUUGAUUAGGUACCUCAAGUCGAGUCAGCUUGGCGGCGCGCUGCGCGCUGAGGAACCGCCCUCUGCUGAUCAAGCUGAUGUCGGUCAGGAGGGCUGGCCGCGGCAGACUUUAGUGUUGACCGGUAUCUGGCCGGGAUCCUCGGCUGCUGGCCGGUAUUCGGUCGGGAUCCCCGCUGCUGGCCGGUAUCCGGCCGGGAUCCUCUGCUGCUGACCCGUAUCCAGUCGGGAUUCUACGUCGCUGAGUCCCGGCGAACCAGGAUUCCCAGUACAGUCAGGAUUCUCAGCUGAUCACCGGUGUCCAGCUAGGAUCAUCCGCUGAUGGCCGGUGUUCAACUAGGAUCAUCAGCUGAUGGCUGGUGUCCAGCUAGGAUCAUCAGCUGAUGGCCGGUGUUCAGCUGGAACCCUCAGCUGCUGACCGGUUUUCGACCCUAAUCCUCGGUUUCUGACCGGUAUCCAACUGAGAGCCAGUGCGUUGAUGGGGUGUGCACGUGUAUGUAUUUGUGUGCGGUGACCGGAAGUCCUGCCGUUACCCGCGUGUCGACUGCCGUCCCUUCCGACGGCGCUGUGGGCGCUCGUGCGGGCGUAGCCCACACUUGACGAUCCUUGGUUUCUUGGUUGUAGCUAUCAUGAUGACCGUCCUCCAUGACAUGUAACCCGCACUGCGCAUGCGAGGGCUCGUGUGUAUGUGUGUCUGAGUGCGCGCGUGUGUGUGUCUUUGUGCAGGCCGGAGCACGUGCCAUCGUGCGCACUUUGUACAGGCUCGAUCCGUGUAAGGUGAAGUGUAUUGACCGUAUUACAGAUUCCGCAGCCACCUCAGCCCACGUACCCCGUUAUAGUUGCUCAAAGUGUGACCUGUGCAGCGGUGGUGGUCUGUGCACACUUUAGCGUAGCGAACCAUCCAGUGCCAUUGAGUACAAGCAAACAUAUGGCACUCUGUGAAUGUCGCGUGCCAAUACUUGUACAUAGGCUCAGUAUUACCCGAGUGUUGUUCGCGGUCCCACAGCAGGGACGGAAUAUGAUGUUGCUUGGUAUCAGAAUAAAAACAACGAAGCAGAUGAUUAUGAUAGAAGUGGAGUGAAGUGUCUAAGCAUAGGUGAUGAAAGGAAUACGAUGCAAGAUUGUUUCACUGUUACCCACUCGGCGGAAAUGGCUGACCAAAUUUCUGUGUCCGUGAGAUAUUGUCUUAUGAUUUGUUUGCUUUGCAUCAAUAUGCAGUAAUAAACAUGUUGAUAAAGCGA